UUAUUUUCUCCUAAUUAAAUAAAUUUCUGAAGUUUCAAGUCGCAAAAUGACGGCUACCUCUCGCAUUAAACUGCAAUGACAAAAUACCCUCUCAAAUCCAUAGAUUACUCCUCAACAGUCUCAUCUACCUUCACACCUCUCCACAGUUCCCAACUAUUACCAUUCCCUACGAUACAAUCCCACAAUACUCAAACUCCAAAAACCAAACAUACCAAAAACAAAACCCUACAAAACAAUGAAGUGUUGUUACAAAUCAUCAUCAAUCCUCUCAACCAAUCACCACUCAUUCCUCUACAAACAAUCAAUCUCCUCUCUACCACCAUCACCAGCAUCGUUCCCAUCAACUCUCUCUUACCCAACCCGAACCCGAUUCACAUCCACCCGGAUCCAAUCUCGUCUCAUCCACGACGAUCCAGUAAAACAAUCAUCACAAGACCUAACCUUCUACGAUCUUCUCGGCGUCACCGAUUCAGUCACUCUCCCAGAGAUCAAACAAGCCUAUAAACAACUCGCUCGAAAAUACCACCCGGACGUUUCUCCACCGGAUCGGGUCGAAGAGUACACGGAUCGGUUUAUCAGAGUUCAAGAAGCUUACGAAACUCUCUCAGAUCCUCGCCGGAGAGUUUUGUAUGAUCGUGAUUUGUCUAUGGGGUUUUCAUUAUCUUUCUCCGGUCGACGACGUAACCGAUACGAUGAGGAAGUGGUGGAGGAAAAGAGUGAGUGGAAGGCAAAAUGGCAAACUCAGCUCUCAGGGCUAAGGAGAAGAAGCAAUCAGAAAGAUAAUGAUAACUCAAUGUCUUGGGCUGCUAGAAUGCGUCGUCAACGUCAAGAUUCUUUAUGACACACAACAACACCAACCAAGUCUCUCUAGUCUUCUUAUGUAUAGUCUUUUUAAUUUCUUUGUGUGUAAUAUAGAAAAGCAUAGCAACAAAUACCCCACAACUUUGUAUAUAUAAUAUAUGUAUAAACUUUUCUAUGUGCCUAUGCUAAUCGGCAAGCACAGUGAAAUAAAUAUAAACCAAUGAAUUAAGUAA